UGCUCUGGUCGGCAGUCUUGGACCGCAACAUCUCCAUCGAGUUUAAAGAGUCAUCACGCGUUGAAUCGCGUUUAUUUGAGUCAUGGGAACAGACCCUCAACGACGUAUGCUCAACCCAUCGCGCGAAAGCGACUGGGAGGACAGGAAAGAAUUUCUAUACGACCUUUACAUGCUGAAGAACUUGAGCCUUGCAAAGGUAGUUGAGGAGAUGUCCGUCGUUCAUUCAUUCAGAGCUAGUGAGAGGAUGUACAAGCGCAGGUUUAUGAAAUGGGAGUGGUUCAAAUACAGCACCAAAAGAUUUCAAGCAACGUCCUCGAAACCUGGGAGCAAAGUUGAGAUAUGUAAAGGAAAAACGACACGGCAGACGAGGAGACACAGGCAAAAACGAGAAAACCAUCAAAAUUGCGAUAUGCAUAGAGGAAGUUCAGGUUUAUCAGAUGACCCGCUUAGGGUCCCAAGGGUCUCUUUGAGGGACAUGGGAUGCGAGAAUCAGCCAAGGACUACAUUGCUUUCCACUGCUCCGGUUGCGAGAUGGGACCUGCCCCGAAGGAUGACAGAAUGGACUGCAAAAUCAGAAAAGAGCCUUCUCGCAAUGUCUCAUUGUCUUAAUGAGCCAAUAACUCUUGAUGAGCCCACAACAACGGCGAAUUCUAGAUGUCCUUCAACCGCUGACGACCAUUUCGAUGUAGGGGGCCCUCCCACUCCAAGACAAGAUACUAUCAUGAACCCUGCCACUUUGUUGCCAAUGGAAAUAUGCGUCAACUCAGUUCCCAUCCUGUCAGGACGAGGGGCCAACCUCCACAACAUCGGCGAUUUGACUUCACUACCCGCGAACGAGGGUUCGCAAAACCUUACAGCCGCUGAUUACGAGGUCAAAGACCUCAUUGGGUCUCAGGCGCUCGCAACAAUCAUUUCAGCAUGUAUCAGCCUCUUCUCCGCUGGACUUACCUUGACGUUAUCCCCAAAGAUCAGUAUGUACGUGUGCAUCACACAAGUCCAUCCGAGGAAAGCUGCCUAUUCAGGUUGCAGGGGAAUGAAAUCGUUCUUUGACAAGGACAAUCAACUUGGAUACGAGAAGAACUUGCAGCAGAAUAAGAGUCGGCCAUUGCCUCUUCGGGCAGUUCACAUCGCAUCAUAUAUGGAUACAGAGAGUUUCACUGGCGUCGAUGACCUCACAGAGAGUCUGAAUGAAGCCCAUGAGCAGAUUUGCCAGCUGCAAUCCACGUUAGCCGGGUUGACUCGGGCAAUGCAAGAGUUUCGAGGUUGUCGUCACGAUGGAGGCAUACUUUGACUUGAGGACCGAGUCGGCGUGUACUUUCAAAAAAACAGUUAGCUGAGUGAAACUAGAGUAUUAUGCCCCUAUAAUUCCGGCGGCUUCACCAGCUCCUUC